UAUUGCACCUAGCAUGGCGUCAGGGCGGCAAAGACCGAGGGCGAUAGGGUCAAAGCAGGGACCACGGCGCUGGCGUGCCUAGACAAGAUGUUCAUGACUGUAUGGGCAACAGUAACUUGGUUAGGCAGUAGGCUUCAGUUGGCCAUCCCAAGCAAGCUUAGCUGUCUUCAGUCAGGGGGAGUCGUGUGCCUUGUCUCGACCAGUCCUGAUGAUGAACCUAUGGAUCCAGUACGCUGUCAAAGGGCAUCAAUUCGCAUACUCUCGAUCGAUCCUGCUGUGACUUUCCAUUCUCUGUAUUACACCGUCAUAAGAUUGUCUAUAAGGAGCGCGGUACCAAAUAGUAGUGCUCACCGCCUGCGAUAUAACACAGGGGAUGAAGCGCGAAAUGGUAACCCCCGGAGACCAGAUCAAUGAAUCAUCAUAGUGGCUUCUCGGCUUUGACAACCAAAACUGCUGUUUUGGCGGUUCUAGAUGUACCUCAAGUACGGAUCUGG